AUGGACGAGAUUGAAGCUGAAGAACAGCCUGAGCGUUAUUCGGUUUCUGAUGUGUCUGUCUUUGUGAAGGAUGGAAAGGUCGUUGAUACAUCAGAAGGUGUAGAUCCACCUAGUUUGGCCACUAAAGUUGCUAGGGUUGUUGGGUCAGUUAAGGCUGGAGAACCUGCUGCUCCUGCCAGCCUUGACACAGUCCAAGAGUUAGCAAAAGAAACUGGAUCUUCUAAGGAGCAAAUUCAAGCUCAAAAUGGCCUUGAUGAUGCCUUGAAAAGGCGACUGCAGAAGCUGAUUGACUCUAAUCGAGUCAUGCUUUUCAUGAAAGGAACCCCUGAGGAGCCCAAAUGUAGAUUUAGCAAAAUGGCUGUUAACAUUUUAAAGAAACAUAAGGUCGAAUUUGGAAGUUUCGAUCUUCUUACGGACAAUGAAGUCCUGGAGGGGAUACAGAAGUAUUCUAACUGGUCUCUAUUACCACAGAUUUACUUCCAAGGGAGAGCUCGUGGUUUCCGUCACAUAGGAACCUUAAUGAAAGGUUGCCCAAGUGAAAGCACAAGAAAAGAAUUUUUUUAUUAG